UGCCCGUUAGAACAUAAAGAAAGAAAUUACGACUCGUUAAAAAAUUGCCACCUUCAGCGACAGCAGAGCGCUCUCUCUCUCUCUCUCUCAUUCGAGCGCCUGGCAGUCAUGGCCUCAGUAUCACCCGCACCACCAUCUCUCCACCCCAAAAUUCCUCUAUCCUCUCCCGUCAAACCCGAGAUUCAACCUCCCACCGCCGCCGCCCCAUCUCCCCGACCACCACAACCACCUCCUCCUUCCUCCGAACCCGACGUCGUCCACAUCCCUAGCUACUCCCGCUGGUUUUCAUGGGACAACAUACACGAAUGCGAGGUCCGAUUCCUCCCAGAAUUCUUCGAUUCGCGAUCGCCUUCGAAAAACCCUAGUGUUUACAAGUACUACAGGAACUCAAUCAUCUCCCAAUCCAGGAAAAACCCUUCCGCUAAGCUCACUUUUACUGAAAUCAGGAAGACUCUCGUUGGCGAUGUGGGGUCCAUUCGUAGGGUUUUUGAUUUCUUGGAUGCUUGGGGUUUGAUCAAUUACUCCCCUUUGAAUAAGCAUUUGAAGUGGGAAGAUGGCAAGGAUUCUUCUUCCAAGACUGCUGCUUCGCCCGCCGGUGGUGGUGGUGGUGGUGAUGGAGGGACUGCCGGUGAUGCUAAUGCUAGUAAUAAUAAGGACAAUUGUAAGAGACUGUGCAGUGGUUGUAAGUCUCUCUGUAGCAUUGCUUGCUUCUUUUGCGAUAAGUAUGAUAUAACUCUUUGUGCCCGGUGCUAUGUGCGUGGAAACUACCGGGUUGGUGUCAGUUCAUCGGAUUUCAGGCGGGUGGAGAUAAGUGAAGAGGCAAGGACAGAUUGGACAGAGAAAGAGACCUUGCAUCUUCUUGAAGCUGUUAUGCAUUAUAGGGAUGACUGGAAGAAGGUUGCGCAACAUGUUGGUGGUAGAAGUGAGAAGGACUGCAUUACUCAUUUUAUCAAGCUUCCUUUUGGAGAGGUUUUUACUGAUUAUACAGACGUAGGGGAUGUUGACAGCAAGUAUAACCAAAUAAAGGACUGUGAUGAUGAUGAAUCUGGACCAAAUGGUAAUGGUUCUCCAUCCCCAAGUAAAAAAAUACAUCUCUCACCUCUUGUGGAUGCAAGCAACCCAAUAAUGGCUCAGGCUGCUUUUUUAUCAGCUUUGGCGGGCACAGAGGUUGCAGAAGCUGCGGCUCGAGCAGCUGUAACUACUUUGACUGAGGUGGAAUAUGGAGGAAGUAAAGGCAGUCUUGAAUUUGUUUCCAGGGUUACAAAACACCUAGAUUCUGGUGUUGCAUCAAAUGGUGACACCAAUCUAAAUGCUUCAGUAAAAGCUUGUUUGGAUGCGAAUUCACUUCUGGAGAAGGAAGAGUUGGAUGUGGAGAGAGCAGUUUCCAGGAUUACAGAAGUUCAGAUGAAAGAGAUUCAAGAUAAGAUUCUUCGGUUUGAGGAGUUGGAUUUGCAGAUGGAGAAAGAGUGGCAGCAGCUGGACCAAAUGAAGAACCUACUCUUUGCUGACCAGCUCAGCGUUUUAUCCAAAAGAAGUUUAACAACAAAAAUCGACGAACGUGGUUCAACACUGAAAGCAGAGGAACGAGGGGAUGAAAAUGCAAAAACUGAUUGAUGUAUUCAAUCUUUAUAUAAAUCAAAUGUUAAUUUAUUUUCCUUAUGAGACCUCCAUAUUUUCAAUCUCAGGUCACAAAAAAUCGGUGUAUAGCAAAGCAAUCUGGAAUUUAUGUCA